UGACCAUAGCCAAAAUCUGAUGUGAUAGGGUCUUCUCCAUUUGAGAAACAGUUGGCAAGAAGAGGAAGUGGAAGUGGAGACGAGUGAUUGAAGAUACAAUGUGCCCAGUCUCAUUUUACGCGACUUAUUCAACCGUGGUGGCUCCUUCUUGUUCAUUCCCUUGUUCCUCUUCCAAAACUAGCAUUACCAUCCCAACCACUGUUUCUACUAAAUCCAUAUCAGCCAAAGAUGUGUGGACCCGAACCCCCCGUUCUCCGUUUUCCAACACACAACAACAACAACGUCGUACUCGAACCCAACAACAACAACACCAACCCACCUACUUAGACCGCACCGUCAACAUGAACGAACUAUUAACCUCAAUCGGACAAACCCAAAACGUCCAACAACUUCACGCCGUUAUGUCCCCUUACAACGGAACAAACCUAUCCAUUCGUUUCAUGGUUUCCCUUCUCUCCCGUGAACCCGAUUGGCAACGCGCUCUCGCACUUCUCGAUUGGAUGAACGAAAAAGCUCGUUAUUCACCUUCCGUUUCCGCUUACAACGUCGUUCUCCGUAAUGUCCUACGUGCUAAACAGUGGCUUUUUGCACACGGACUGUUUGAUGAAAUGCGUCAAAAGGGUAUUUCACCUGAUAAGUACACUUACUCAACCCUCAUUACUCAUUUCGGUAAACAUGGCUUAUUUGAUUCCUCUUUCUUUUGGCUUCAACAGAUGGAACGUGACAAUGUUUCUGGUGACCUUGUUUUGUAUAGUAAUUUGAUUGAGCUUUCGCGUAAGUUGUGUGAUUAUUCCAAAGCUAUUUCCAUUUUCAAUACGUUAAAAGCUUCUGCUAAUAUUGUACCUGAUCUUAUUGCUUAUAACACUAUGAUUAGUGUGUUUGGUAAGGCAAAACAUUUUCGUGAAGCUCGCCUUCUUCUUCAAGAAAUGAGGGACAAUGGUGUUAACCCCAACACUGUUAGUUACUCGACGCUUCUUGCGAUUUAUGUUGAUAAUCAGAAGUUUGUGGAGGCACUUUCUUUGUUCUCUGAAAUGAAUGAAACUGAAUGUGUACUUGAUCUCACUACUUGUAAUAUCAUGAUUGAUGUUUAUGGCCAGCUUCACAUGAUCAAGGAAGCUGAUUGCUUCUUUUGGGGUAUGAGGAAAAUGGGAAUUGAACCCAAUGUGGUUAGUUACAACACUAUCUUGAGGGUUUAUGGAGAGGCUGAGUUAUAUGGGGAAGCUGUUCAUUUGUUUAGUUUGAUGCAAAGGAAGGGUGUACCACAGAAUGUUGUCACCUACAACACCAUGAUUAGUAUUUAUGGAAAAUCUCUUGAGCACGAGAAGGCGACAAAUCUCAUUCAAGAAAUGCAGAGUAGAGGUGUUCAACCAAAUGCCAUCACUUAUUCAACCAUAAUAUCUAUAUGGGAAAAAGCAGGGAAAUUGGAUAGGGCAGCCAUGCUGUUUCAUAAGUUAAGGAGUUCUGGAGUUAAAAUUGAUGAUGUUCUGUAUCAGACAAUGAUUGUGGCAUAUCAGAAGGCUGGUUUAGUUGCUCAUGCUAAAAGGCUACUUCAUGAACUCAAGCAACCCGAUAACGUUUCUAGGGAGACGGCUAUCACAGUACUUGCCAGAGCAGGUAAAGUUGACGAGGCUAUGUGGGUUUUCCGGCAGGCUUUUGAUGCUGGUGAGGUGAAAGAUAUAUCUGUAUUUGGGUGCAUGAUUGAUGUUUUCUCAAGGAACAGAAAGUAUGCACAUGUGGUUGAAGUGUUUGAGAAGAUGAGAGAGUUUGGACAUUUUCCUGAUUCUAAUGUUAUUGCUCUUGUGCUGAAUGCUUUCGGAAAGCUGCGCAAGUUUGAGAAAGCAGAUGCUUUAUAUAAACAGAUGUAUGAAAAAGGGUGUGUUUUCCCGGACGAAGUUCAUUUUCAGAUGCUCAGUCUAUACGGCGCAAGAAUGGAUUUCACGAGGGUGGAAUCGUUGUUUGAGAAGAUAGAUUCCCAUCCCAAUAUCAACAAGAAAGAGUUGUAUUUUGUUGUUGCCAACAUUUAUGAAAGAGCAGAUAGAUUUAACGAUGCUUCCAGAAUCAUGAACAGGUUGAAUCACAAAGCAAUUAGAAGUCAUGAUAAUGCUUAGAACAUAGAAGUUUGAAUCUGCCUUUCCAAUGUAACUUGUAUUGAUUGACAUUCUUUGGCUACUGAUCAUCCACAAACACUGUAUAAAGAAAAUAUCUCUUAUUUCCCAACUAAGUGUCCAAAACUAUCAUGUAUAUGUAUAUGAUAUAUACUGAGCAACAAUACACAUUCCUAAUUGCAGCAUCCAUGUAAUUAAUCAUUACAGUUCUUUAUAUUCAGGCUUAUGUGCACUA